AUGAAAACCAACUGGACCAGGGAUGACGUGGGCCCGGUCGUGGAUGGCCAAGAGGCCGCGCGCCUUCGGUCCGGGCCCCGCGAGGGCCGACGCGCUGCCGUGCAUCGGGCGUCCCACCACUGCCUGACCGUCGGCCCUGAAGCCAUGGGCACCCACUCCUCCCACCAGCAACGAAUCCCGCUGCUGGGCUCCCCCUGCGUGCGCCGGCGCCGGUGGCGGGACCCGCGGCUUGUCUUCCUGUCGGCCAUCAUCGUCUUCGGAGGACUCGGCUACCUACAGACACCACCGCCUCUGACCGGCUGCGCCACUCCACGGCACGGCGAAGGCCUGGAACACACGGGCGGGCCGUCGUGGAGCUCUCGGGCCCUGCUGAACAGUGUGAAUAACAACGAGAGUGCAAACAACGAAACCGUGAAACGGGCCCAGUUUCCCGAGGACCUGUUCACCCCCGAUCAGCGGCGUCGGGGCGCCGUCAUCCUGCACGUGAUGGGCAUGGUGUACAUGUUCGUCGCGCUGGCCAUCGUGUGCGACGAGUUCUUCAUACCGGCGCUGGACGUGAUCACCGUCAAGCUGGACAUCUCGGAGGACGUGGCCGGCGCCACGUUCAUGGCCGCCGGCGGCUCGGCGCCCGAGCUCUUCACGAGCGUGAUCGGGGUGUUCAUCUCGUUCGACGACGUCGGCAUCGGCACCAUCGUGGGCUCGGCCGUGUUCAACAUCCUCUUCGUCAUCUCCAUGUGCGCCAUCUUCUCCAAGUCGGUGCUCCAGCUCACGUGGUGGCCGCUGUUCCGGGACGUGAGCUUCUACUCGGUGAUCCUCAUCAUCCUGAUGCACUUCUUCCGCGACAGCGUCAUCUACUGGUGGGAGGCCCUGGUGCUGCUCUCCUGCUACGCCUCCUACGUGACCUUCAUGAAGUUCAACGAGAAAGUGGAGAAGAUGCUCAAGAAGCUCCUCAAUCGCAACAAGGUGACGCGUGUGGGCAGCACGGAUCACCUCAUGCCGCAUAUGGCGAGAAGGAGAAUGAGCGCUCCCAUCCUCCACUCUGGCAGCAAGUUCCGGCACGGACUACUGCAGCUCCUCAUUCACUCCAUUGACCCCCUGCACGAGCACGAAGGGGAAGCCAACGCCAAGCUGGAUGAGAAGGCGUCCCAGCUGCACACUAUCGCGUCCCUGCGCGUGUUGCUGGACGCAACCAAGCCCGGCGGAGAGGGCCAGUCCUCUUCGGGCGUGGCCAAUGGUGGUCCCCCCCCGGCCCCCCUCGGGGGCUGCCCUCGGGGGGGAACCCAGGAUGGCAGCAGCGGCUCCGCCGAGACCCGCCUCACCAGCCUCAGCAACAGCGAUGCCCUCGUGCGCGUAGACUCCGUCUCCAACCUACAGAGCGACUCGUCCAUAACGUCCAACCUGAGCGAGAAGAUGGCGGCGGCCAGCGGAGGCGGCGUCGCCAUUCUGCACCAGAGGCCCGCGCCGAUCCAGGAGGCCAUUGAAGCGCCCAGCCUGCCGUCUACCGGUGACGCCAUCGCCUCUGCGCUUCCGGACUCUGGCUACAACAGCGCCACAGCGGCGCAGGCCGUGCAGGCGGCCAAGGAGCUUCCACCGGACACGAUCGAGGAGACCAACGAACCACUGAGUGUCGCCUGGCCGGACACGUGGCGCGAACGCUUCAACUACGUCGUCCUGGCGCCCAUCAUCUUCCCUCUCUGGCUCACCAUGCCCGACGUACGCAGGCCGGAGAAAGUGAAGUUUGUGGCCGGUUCCUUCCUGGGCAGCAUCGCCUGGAUCGCCAUCUUUUCCUACCUCAUGGUGUGGUGGGCCACCGUGGUCGGCGAAACGCUAGGCAUCCCCCACCGAGCGGGCACCAGCAUUCCGGACCUCAUCACGAGCGUCCUGGUUGCCCGCAAGGGCUUCGGUGACAUGGCCGUGUCCAGUUCCGUCGGAAGCAACAUCUUCGACGUGGCCGUUGGGCUUCCGCUGCCCUGGCUGCUGUCGUGCAUGAUCUACGGUCCGGUGAAAGUGAGCAGCAGUGGCAUGGCCUGCUCCAUCUUCAUCCUCUUCAUGAUGCUGCUCUUCGUGAUCAUCACCAUCGCGCUCUUCCGCUGGCGCAUGAACGUCGGCCUGGCGAUGGUCAUGUUCUUCCUCUACUUUGUCUUCAUCGCCUGCAGCCUCAUACUCGAGUACGAGGUGGUGCGCUGCACGGACAUCAUCAACUACCUGAGGAUACAGAAGCGGUUCCGAGAGCUGGACAGCCAGCGGGUUCCCAUUGUCAUGACCGGGAACGAGGCGCACACCAUCGUCGUUCCUAUGGAGAAGAUUGAGAAGAUGCCCGAACUGAAGGAAAACCCGUUCAAAGAGCGCAUCUGCAAGGUCUUCUCGCACGACGGCAGCGGUAAUAUGACGUUUGAUGACUUCCUGGACAUGCUGUCCGUCUUCAGCGAACCGUCACCACGCGACGUCAAAGUAUUUUAUGCCUUCCGCAUCUACGAUUACGACGAAGACCAGAUGCUGGGUCCCGGGGACAUCGAGAAGGCGACGAUAGCGCUGACGCGCUCCGAGCUGACGCCCGAAGAGGUUCAGAUCGUGGUCGAGAAAGUGCUGGAGGAGGCCGACAUGGACGACGACGGGAAGAUCUCCUUCACCGAAUUCGAACACGUCAUCACACGUGCGCCAGAUUUCAUCAGGAGUAUGCUACUUGUCAAAAACAAGAUGGAGACAGCAUUUGAGUACACCCAGAGCGACUCGUCCAUAACGUCCAACCUGAGCGAGAAGAUGACGGCGGCGAGCGGAGGCGGCGUCGCCAUUCUGCACCAGAGGCCCGCGCCGAUCCAGGAGGCCAUUGAAGCGCCCAGCCUGCCGUCUACCGGCGACGCCAUCGCCUCUGCGCUUCCGGACUCUGGCUACAACAGUGCCACAGCGGCGCAGGCCGUGCAGGCGGCCAAGGAGCUUCCACCUGACACGAUCGAGGAGACCAACGAACCGCUGAGUGUCGCCUGGCCGGACACUUGGCGCGAACGCUUCAACUACGUCGUCCUAGCGCCCAUCAUCUUCCCUCUCUGGCUCACCAUGCCCGACGUACGCAGGCCGGAGAAAGUGAAGUUUGUGGCCGGUUCCUUCCUGGGCAGCAUCGCGUGGAUCGCCAUCUUUUCCUACCUCAUGGUGUGGUGGGCCACCGUGGUCGGCGAAACGCUAGGCAUCCCCACCGAGGUGAUGGGCCUGACCUUCCUGGCGGCGGGCACCAGCAUUCCGGACCUCAUCACGAGCGUCCUGGUUGCCCGCAAGGGCUUCGGUGACAUGGCCGUGUCCAGUUCCGUCGGAAGCAACAUCUUCGACGUGGCCGUUGGGCUUCCGCUGCCCUGGCUGCUGUCGUGCAUGAUCUACGGUCCGGUGAAAGUGAGCAGCAGUGGCAUGGCCUGCUCCAUCUUCAUCCUCUUCAUGAUGCUGCUCUUCGUGAUCAUCACCAUCGCGCUCUUCCGCUGGCGCAUGAACGUCGGCCUGGCGAUGGUCAUGUUCUUCCUCUACUUCGUCUUCAUCGCCUGCAGCCUCAUACUCGAGUACGAGGUGGUGCGCUGCACGGACAUUAUCAACUACCUGCGGCUCCGAUGAAGACUUCCGCACACUGUGUGCGCCCUCUCUCGCCACCUUCCUCAAACAUGCGC